AUGGCUGACAAGGGUCUUGAGGAUGUGCCUGAGGGCCAGAUCGAGUCGAACUACGAUGAGACCGUCGACUCCUUCGAUGACAUGAACCUGAAGUCGGAGCUCCUUCGUGGUGUCUACGCCUACGGUUUCGAGCGUCCCUCCGCCAUCCAGCAGCGUGCCAUCAUGCCCGUCAUCAAGGGCCACGACGUCAUUGCUCAGGCUCAGUCCGGUACUGGCAAGACCGCCACCUUCUCCAUCUCUGUGCUCCAGAAGAUCGACACCAACGUCAAGGCUUGCCAGGCCCUCAUCCUUGCUCCCACCCGUGAGCUUGCCCAGCAGAUCCAGAAGGUCGUUGUCGCCAUCGGCGACUUCAUGAACAUUGAGUGCCACGCCUGCAUCGGUGGUACCAGCGUCCGUGACGACAUGAAGGCCCUCCAGGACGGCCCCCAGGUCGUUGUCGGUACCCCUGGCCGUGUCCACGACAUGAUCCAGCGCCGCUUCCUCAAGACCGACUCCAUGAAGAUGUUCGUCCUUGACGAGGCCGACGAGAUGCUUUCUCGCGGUUUCACCGAGCAGAUCUAUGACAUCUUCCAGCUCCUUCCCCAGAGCACCCAGGUCGUCCUUCUGUCCGCCACCAUGCCCCAGGACGUCCUUGAGGUCACUACCAAGUUCAUGCGCGACCCCGUCCGCAUUCUCGUCAAGAAGGACGAACUUACCCUUGAGGGUAUCAAGCAGUUCUACAUUGCCGUUGAGAAGGAGGAGUGGAAGCUCGACACCCUCUCCGACUUGUACGAGACCGUCACCAUCACCCAGGCCGUCAUCUUCUGCAACACCCGCAGAAAGGUCGACUGGCUCACCGACAAGCUCACUGCCCGUGACUUCACUGUCUCCGCCAUGCACGGCGAUAUGGACCAGGCUCAGCGUGACCUGAUUAUGAAGGAGUUCCGUUCCGGAUCUUCCCGUGUCCUGAUCGCCACUGACCUUCUGGCCCGUGGUAUCGAUGUCCAGCAGGUUUCCCUGGUCAUCAACUACGACCUUCCCGCCAACCGCGAGAACUACAUCCACCGCAUCGGUCGUGGUGGUCGUUUCGGACGUAAGGGUGUUGCCAUCAACUUCGUUACCGCCGAGGACGUCCGCAUGAUGAGAGAGAUUGAGCAGUUCUACAGCACCCAGAUUGAGGAGAUGCCCAUGAACGUUGCCGACCUCAUCUAA